ACCUGUGCCUUGUCCAGACAGGCUCUCAUGCCUUCCUUCUUCCGAGGUCCGCCUCCCAGACGUUCCUAUCGGGGCAACAGCCCGGCAGAUUCCCAGAAGGACAUGCUUGAAAUCCCUUUACCCCCGUGGCAGGAGCGAACCGACGAGUCACUGGAGACCAAGCGAGCCCGCUUGCUCUAUGAGAGCAGAAAGAGGGGCAUGUUGGAAAACUGCAUCCUGCUCAGCCUCUUCGCCAAGGAAAAUCUGCAGCACAUGACGGAGAGACAACUGAACCUCUAUGACCGGCUGAUCAAUGAGCCCAGUAAUGACUGGGAUAUUUAUUACUGGGCCACAGAAGCCAAGCCUGCCCCGGAGAUAUUUGAAAACGAAGUCAUGGACCUGCUGAGGGACUUCGCCAAGAACAAAAACAAGGAGCAGAGACUGCGGGCCCCAGAUCUGGAGUAUCUCUUUGAAAAGUCACAUUAAGCUCCCUUAUGGGCAUGUCAUCGUAGCCACUGGGCCUCGAGGGCUUCCCAGUGGCCCCUGGUUAUGGUUCCCUGCUCCUCGUAGGCAGUACCGUCUCUCUGUCUCAGUUCCAUUCACCCAGCCAAAAUAUCAGACAGUCCUCCCAGUUGGAAGUCCCAUUUCCCAGAGCGUGACACUAAAAGUGAAGUGUGGUUCCUUAUAAAACGAUUCCUUGUGUCUUAC